AUGGUGUCCCGGGCGGGCAUCGGCCUGCCGGGCCGCCGGGCGCUCGUUCCAUUUGUCCUGCUGGCGAUGUGCGCCUGUGCGGCAUCCGCCAGGGGCGCCCUCCUCUCGGACCCCGGGCCAGAAGCCCACCCGCUCGGGGUGUCGCCGUUGCUGGGUGACAUGCGCGCGCUGGAGGACGACUCGGCACCGGCCUUCGAUCCCUUCCUGCGAGACCUCAUCUUCGGCACAUACAUCCUGGUGCUGGCCAUCAUGUCGGUGUUUUUCGUGCACUUCGCCGGACGCGUGGCCGCUUGGGCCCUGUCGUCGCUGGUGAACCUGCUGCUCCUGCGAGGCGUGGCCCCGGGCUCACCGCCAGCCGCGCAAGUGCACCUGUACAGCAUCAGCCUGACAUCGCUGCUGAGUGGCCAGCUGCUCCUGCGCGGAGUGCGCCUGGUCACCCCGGACAUGAUGGUGGAGAUUGAUGGCCUGCGGCUGUACCUUCGAUAUUGGCUCUUCCCCGGGGAGGAGGCCAUGGUGGCCUUCGGGGCCAAGGGGGCCGGGCUUGGGUCCGGCGUCGGCGGGCUGCCCGGGAGCAUGGGCAUCGGUGCGGCGGCCGGGGAUGGCCGCCGCCGGGGCGGCCUGACCAAGGAGUCCCAUGCGGCCGCGGCCGCGGCCCUGACCGUGGCCUUGGGGGACAGUUCGUUGUCGGGCACGGCGGCUGCCGUCCUGGCGGACCUGAAUGUCCGCCCGAGCACCAGUCGUCUUGGGCUGCGCCUGCGAAGUGUCCAAGUGUCCAUCUUCAAUCGCUCUUCCGUGGUGGACCUCUGGCUGGCACGGCUGGAGCGUUUCCGCGCGGCCUCGGCCGGCGAUGGCGCGCCCGGGCCCGAGGUCCGGAUCUUUGAUCAAUCCACCGGCGAAGGCCCGGCCAAGUCCAAGCAGGAGGCCGAGGCGGCCAUGCCGGUGGUCGACAGCCCGGAGUCCCCCCCCUCGGUGGGGUCAUCCCGGGAGACAAGCUCCGCCGGUCUCCCUCCUGCCGGCCAGGCACCCGCCCUGCUGCGGCCCCUGCCGCAGGAGCUCUUCGAUGCGGUGGCCGAGCCGGUGGUCGACUCGCUGAGCGGCUUGGGCCUGCCGCCCUGGCUGCCGGUCGAUGUGGAAAUCGACACGCUGGCCAUCAUGGCCGGGACCACGGUCCUGCCCACGAUCUUCGUGAUGACCGUGCAAAAGCUCCAGGGCCGCCUCCUGGCCGAGGUGCCCUACUCGCCGCCGGUGCCGCUGCCGGCCGAUCUGGCCGAGGCAGCCCUGCGCCCGACCUGGCGCCAGUGGCUGGACCGGCUCCGGCGGCCGGCCGCCCGGGGGAUGGCGGCUCGGGCCGCGGCCGCCGCCUCGGUCGCCGUGCCCUCCCCCGGUGGAGGGACGGUCGCCCCGGCGGACUACCUCCAUCCGCACCGGCAUUUAAUUCGGUCCCUCCGGCCGUUGGGGUUUUUCCAAGCGCCCGAUGCGCCGGCCGGGGCCGGGCUCCUGGCCAGCCUCGUCGCCCCGUGGGGCCGGUCAUCGGGGGACCUGCACGGCGCAGCCGCCGUCCCCUCGGCCGUGGCCCUGGCCUGUCCGUAUGCCUAUCGCUUUGAUGCGGCUCUCAAGGUGGUUCGCAUUGAUUUGAUCCCGAACGAUGACUUCCUGCCGCCGUUGCAGCCGCGCUUCGACUUCCCGCCCGAGGCCCCGCUCUUUGUGGAUCUCUCCCGCAGCGUGGCCGUCCCGCCGGCCGACGGGCCGGAGGCCGUGCACAUUGACGGCCUGGCCGCCGGGGAGUCGGACGCGGCCAUGGCCGCCGCCACGGCCGCGCUCCUGGCGUCCACCGCCUCGGAGGAUGCCCCCCCGGCGGCCGGUGACCCGGGGUCGGUUCUCCUGCCGGCGGACGCCGGCUGGGCCGAUCGACUGCGGUUCCGGCUGCGCGCGGUUGGCCGUGCGCUCAAGCCACGCUCGCGCAACCAUGGGCUCCGGCCGACCGAGCCGACCGCCGGCCCCGGCGCACCGACCGACGCCUAUCCGCGAAUGCGUGCGCCCUCGGCGAUGGCGGCCCCCGCGCCCGGGGGUCCUGGCGCGGCAGCAACCACAAGCCCGGCGGCUGCGGGUCCUCCCGCCGGUCCGGGGCCACACGCUGGUGCCGGGUCGCGGCUGCCCUCCUCGGAGGAGGAUGCCCUGCCGGCGACCUUCUUCGACCAGCAAGACGAGUAUGCCCGUGUGACGGAUGUCUUCGAAGCGCCGUUCAUUCGCCUGUCCUACAUCCAGGACCGGCUGGCUUUGGUGGACACCCGGCUGAUGGCCCUCUCGGCCGAGGGCGCCGCGGGCCUGGCAUCCAGCGCCCCCGACCCGGAGCAGGGCACCGGCGAGGGCAUUCCCCUGAAGCCGGUCGGCUCGGUGGGCGGGUCGCUCGCGGCCGCCGGGUAUGAUCUGCGCCAGCUCGGCCAGCAUCCCCGGUGGGAGCUGGACCUGAUGGUGCAGAAUGCCACCAUCCGCUAUGGGCCGUGGGCCGACCGGGAGCGUGCUCGGCUCAUGUCGCACUUCUUCCCCUUCAUGUAUGAUGACGCGCCGGCUCCCGGGCCCGGGACCCCGGGCGGGGAGGGGCUCGCCCUGCCGGCGGCCCUGGCGGUGCAUGUUCACUUCAAGGGGCCAAGCACAUUGCGGGUGCCGACGCGCGAGCCCGGGCGUGAGGCCGGGUUCGAUGGGCCGGAUGCCUCGGGGCCCGGCGGCGCCGCCCUGGCACCGGGCACCGGGCAGGCGGACCAUCAGCCGCCGGUUUCCCAGCCCGGGCCGGCCCGAUCCAGUCGGCGGUACGCCUGGCUGGACAUCACCUUCCAGGAGGGGUCCAGCAUCGGGUAUCGGGUGCCCUGGCUGCCAGCCCGGCGGGUGGGUGGCCAUGCGGCGGUCCUGGAGGUGGUGCUCUCCUCGGUGGCCAUCAACACCUCGUUGAAUUAUGCCCCCCUGGUGGCUGCUUCGACGCUGCAAGUGUCCGGGGUCAUGUCAUCUGCGGCUUCCUGGCGCCGAGGGCCUCACGCGUGGUCUUUCGAUGUGCUCACGGAGAAUGCCACCUUCCAUGUUCUGCGCGACCAUGCCGAGCUGAUCAUCGACCUGAUCUCGGACUUCGUCUCGGAGCCAGCCCCGGCGACGUUGACUUCCUCCGCGUCGACCGGCGUGCAUCCCAUCUUCUUUCACACCCCCUACGAGUAUCGCUAUGGCUUCCGCGGGCGGAAUGUCCGCCUGGUAUUGCCCGUAAAUGAGGCCAACAUCAUCGAUGGCCUCCCCUCGGCCAGCGACCUGAAUGCGGCCCUCUACCUCGACACGCCGGCCCUGAAUGUGGGUUUCCGCUCCGAUGCACACGCCUUCCGUCCGAGUAUGGUCAGCAUGCCAUGCCGUAUCGAAGCCCCCGAAGGAGUCACCGUGUCCUUCUCCUUGCCCAAGUCCCACACCUACUAUGAGCGCUUCUCGCGGGUGGAGCGCUUCCUGCAUGUGGAGCGCCUGCUCUUUGCCUUCAAUUACUCGUAUGUCCUCGCGCAUCGGGCCUUUUCGCGUAAGGCACAGGCCUUCAGCACUGCGGCAGCCCCGCCGCAGCCGAAGUUCCGCGAGCCGGACGACCCGCACGAUGUCUUGACCAUCGACGUGCAAUUGGACGGCGCCACGGGCCUGGCCCAUGGGUUGGCCAUCCACCUCUUCCUCUUGGCGUGGGAAAAUUACCUGGGCGAUGAUUUGGCCUUCCAAACGGUGGACGAGGUCCGUGACCGGUUCCAACGGGCCGGGGAGGAGAUUCGCGCGCGGCGCCGGGCAGCCGCCGCCACCCGCCAUGCGCCUCCGGCUCCCGGACGCCUGGAGGCCAGCUUCUGCCUGACGGCCGGGCGCCUGCAGCUGGCCCUGCCGACGCACCUCGGUGCCCUGCCGGACCCCGUGGCAAAGGAGCUCUUCGACCGGCAGUGGAAGGCCUGGGAGGACUCGGCGGCGGCCAUGUCGCUCCCCCUCCCGGCCGGUCUUCCCCCCGGGGCCGGGCUGGACAGCUUGCCGCCUUGGUUUGUGCGUGAUGGCUGGGACAGCGCAUCCGGGUACUACUCGCUGGCGUUUGCCCCGAGCUUGGAUGUGGACAUCCGCUCGGCGCCCCUGUGCGAGCGCCAUGCAGCGGAGUCGGUCCGGCCAGGCGCCCGGGCACCCGCCGGCCCGGCUGACCGUCUGCGCCCCGGCGCCGCGGCCGAUGACGUCCCGAGCGUCGACGUGCACCUGGUCACCGGGCCGGUGAUGCUUUUUGCCCCCGCGCCGGAGAGCAUGCGCCCGGGAUCGGGCCGGCGCUCGGCCACCACCUCGCGCCGGCAUCCUGGCCUGGAGGAGGCCCUGGGCGCCGCGUCGGCCGGGUGGGCCUCCACCCCGGCCACCGAGCCAUUGGUGGUCGUGGCCCCGGAGCUGCAUUCAUUGGAUGCCCUCUAUGCUCCGCUGGAUGCGGCGCACCCGGCGCUUGGGACCCCGGCACCCGGGGUGGCGCCCGCCCGCCGGGCCUCCCUGUCGGGCGAGGACCCUGGCGAUGCACGGGGUGGCGCCCCGGCCCCGGCCCCGGCCCCGGCCCCGGCCCCGGCCCCGGCCCCGGCCCCGAGCCCGCUGCUUGCCAUUGGGUCUCUGGGCUUGGGGAUCAUCCUGAGCGAUUCGCCGCUGCGCGGCGUCCGGCCGUUGCUCAUCCGCGUGGACCUGCCGACCGGGGCGCGCAUGCGUGUGCCCGACGCGCACCUGCUCCUGAGUCGCGUUCUCCUGCCCGCGGGAUUGGCCUUCCUGGAGACCAUGCUCUGCAGCGAUGACUCGCUGCACCUGCCAAUCACCAAUUCCCCGGUCUUGCGAGAGAUGAUGAUCAGCAUCCAGGUGGAUGCCGGUCCGAUCGAUGUGAUGCUGCUUGACGGGCCGCCCGCUGCCGGUCGUGCUGCCGGCGCCACGCCCGGCGACUCUCCCUUCGACCAAAUCUUCCGCAUCCAGGCGCCGGAUGGAUGUCGGCUUCUCUUUGAUGAGCUGACCCGGGCCCUGGAGUUGCACAUGCCGCUGCUGGAUGUCCGGGCCAUGAUCCGGCGCCCGGCGCGGCCGGUGUCUGGACUCGCGGUUGCCCCUCUCGCGGCGGCCGGGGCCCCGGGCUCCGGGCCCGGGACCCCCCACCGGCAGCAGCCCCUGUCGGCGCCCCCCUCGCCUGGUCCCUUUGGCCAGCCGCGCCCCACACGAGCUCCGGCUCUGGGACUUCAUAUCCCGGGCGCACAGGCCGAUGCCCCAGGGGGGCCCUCGGCCACCUCCACGCCGCUCAGCACACCAGGGUCCCCGACGCCCCCGGUCGCGGGUCCGGCCUUCGAACUGUGCGAAGUCCUGCGCAUCCGCGUGUCGGUCCUUCGCGACCAGCCCCUGCCGGCGGACCUGCCACGAUCGCUGGGGGAGGCACUCGGCCCCGGCGGCCGGGAGUCGAUUCCUGAUCGAUGCACGCGGGUGAGCGGGCCGAUUGUCACGGUCGGACGUGCGACCGACCUGGCCACCUUCCUGGCCGUCAGCAAGCUCCGCCUUCUGUCAGCGGGCGUCAGCCUCCAUGAUGAGAUGGACAUGCUCAUGGCCGGGUAUUCGUCUCGCGUGAAGCCCUUCUUCGCGGAGUACUACCGGCAGUCCCUGGACAGCCUGGCUCGAGGCACCAGCGCCACGGCCGGCUCCGGCAUCGGGCUGGUUGGGUUUGCCCUCGGCGGGGCCGGCGGCGGGCUCUUUGAUGAUGGCUUGGCCGGCCGGUACCCGGGUGUCGGGGUCAUGGAUGCCCGGGGGUUCGCCGCCCCCGGCGGCCAGGCGGCCAAUGUGGCGGCGGCCAUCCCCCCGGCCCCCCCCUCGCUGGUGUUCCUGGAGGGGUGUCUUCUCCGGUGGAAUGACUCCCUGCCGUUGAGUGUGUGCGCGCAGUCGGGCUUCUUCUCCAGUGCCGGCCUGGCCGAGGUGGCUGGGGUGGUGCUGUCGGUGCAGGGGUCACGCAGUGGCGGGGUCCGCGCGGACCCCGGCACAUCGGGCACCCUGCGCCCCGGGGCCGGGGCCGGCGGGGAGUCCGCUGGUGUUCCUGGAGGGUCGGGCUUCUUCUCCAGUGCCGGCCUGGCCGAGGUGGCUGGGGUGGUGCUGUCGGUGCAGGGGUCACGCAGUGGCGGGGUCCGCGCGGACCCCGGCACAUCGGGCACCCUGCGCCCCGGGGCCGGGGCCGGCGGGGAGUCCGGCUCGCCGCUCAUCCUGCUCACUGUGCCGGUGGCGACGUUGGACUUGCGCCGGGCUGCCGGGUUCCAGGAGUCGAAGUCCACCUCGCGAGGCGCCUCGCGCCAUGGCUCGGCGCAUGACCUGACCGCGGCCCUGCUGGACUCCGGGGAUGCGACCGGGCUCGGGGCCGGCCUGGAUGCCGGGCCUUUGGGCGGCACUGGCGGGUCCUCCUCCGGUGAGCGUCCCUCCCCGAGCCGCAUGCAGUUGGACAUCCCGCGGAUCUUCCUGCGCCUGGCCAUGCCGGCCACGUCGGACAUCGGCCUGGGCAGUUUGCUCGUAUCGGAGCUGACUUCGGUCGGGGUGCUGGCACAGUCGCUGAUGGAUGCCUUGGCCUGGCGCCGGGCAUUGGUGGUGGCUCUCGUGGCUCAUGUGUCGCAUGUGCGGCACCUGGCCGGCCACGGUGGCCCGGGCAGCGAUCCGGACUACUUGAAGAAUGCCAGCGGUCUGUGGCGCCUUGGCAAUCGCGCGCACAUCACCAAUCCCGGCUGGCUGCAGGCCAGCCAUCUGCGCAGUGUGGCCGCCCGGCUGCCGCACGCCGAACGCCAGGCCCUGGAAAUGCUGGUCAGCCAGGCCGCCGGCCAGCGCUUCCUUCCCCGCCCGGGGGACUUGUCUCCGGAGGUGAGCCCGGGCGCGGUUCCCCCGGCCCCGGCCGAGAGCUUUGGCUCUUGCUCGCUGCUGGCGUCGGUCCUGCGGCGCUCCUGCCGGGUGCGAUACGCCGACCGGUGCCGGGCAUAUGUCAUGGUGACCCAGCGGCCUCCUCCGACCUUCCUGUCAACCAGCCACCUGGUUGAGUAUGCGCGGCGUUGCCUGCGGCACUGGCGCGCGUGGGACGUGGGGUCCCGGCCGAGCGGGCUCUUCCGCAUGCUCGGUCCGCAUCUCUACUCGCCGGCCAACUACCCGCGGACCGUGCGCUGGGGCCGGCCCCGGGGUGGGGACCCGGGGGCUUCGCACUUGGAUGAGGAAGACGCGCUGUUGGCCCCGGGUGCCGGGGCGUCGGACCCCGGGGUGCCGCAUGUGGCUGGGCCUGCCGGCACGCCCGGCCUGGCUGCCAUGGCCGAUGAGCUGAUGGCCCCGCCGGAGCGCGAAUUGGCCGGUCGCCGUGCGGACGAGCUGCUCGUCCUGCGCCUGGGGCUGGCACAGGUGACCUAG